GGAGCAAAGGUAGCAGUGUGACAUGAAGCUAACAUGUGGACACAUGAAGUCUGACAGGAUCAAAGUUUACUGAGAUUUUUAAAUAUUCCCCGAAACGCCACACGAUGACACGGACCACCCUGGUUGACAACAGCGUCUGACCAUCCGCCGCUGCUCGGACCCGCCGGAGCCAUGGGUGGCAGCCUGGGUUGCCAUCGCUCCAUCCCCAAAGAUCCCAGCGAUGUCGGCGUCGGACGACGCAAAUUCAGCGCCGCUUGUAACUUCGGAAGCAUCCUGGUGAAGCAGGAGCGUCUCAACAUCAACGCGGCCACCGAGGAGGAACUCAUGACUCUUCCUGGAGUCAACCGCACUGUCGCCCAGAGCAUAGUGGAGUACCGAGACUGCAUCGGAGGGUUUAAGAAGGUGGAGGAUCUGGCGCUGGUGAGCGGAAUCGGGGCCACCAAACUGGAGGCCAUUAAGCUCGAAAUCUGCGUCUCCAGCAGAACAAGUUCAUCCCAGCAUUCGCCGUCUUCCCUGCGAAGGGACUUGGACCAGCAGCCGUGUUGCGGGAUGAACAUCAACACGGCCACCCCUGCUCAGCUCAUGAGCAUCCGAGGUAUCACCGAGAAAGUCGCCCAGAAUAUCAUCGCUUAUCGAACUGAACGCGGCCCGUUUAAAAGCAUCGAGGACCUGGUGAGAGUCAAGCACAUCAACGGAUCUCUUUUGGAUAAAAUCCGUUUCCAGGUGUUUGUGGAGCGACCCAGGGCGCCCUCCACUACCACCACCACUAUUACUACUACUAAUGGAGGACUAAACUACACGGUGAAAACCCACCCCAGUCCCACUUCCCUCAGCCUGAAAAGCGAUACUCUGGACCUCCCGCCCGGCGGACCGAGUCAGCUGAUCUCCGUGCGGCCGAGCGUGGGGAUGCCUCCUGCUGUGUUGCGGGACGGGAAGCCCGUGGUGCGCGUGGCCACGUGGAACCUGCAGAACUGCUCCUGCGACAAGGCCAACAACCCCGGCGUGAAGGAGGUCGUUUGCAUGACCCUACUGGAGAACGACAUCAAGUUACUGGCAGUGCAGGACCUUGUGGAGAAGGACGUCCUCACCAAGUUCUGUGCAGAGCUAAACCAAGGGACUCUGGCCAGCGUUCGCAAAUGGAAAUGGCCACGAGGCAACUGGAAAUGUGUUGUGUCUGAGGAACCCACCGGACCUUCCUGCAAGGAGGUGAGCUAUUCCGGCUUCCUGUGGGACUCCACGGGUGUGGAACUACACGAUGCUUCAAUGUUGCAGUCACCCCCUGCUAAACGCCACGACGCCUGCUCCAGGCUCUUCCUGGCUCACUUCUCCAUUGGUUCGUACAAGGUGGCUGUGGUGAACGUCCACAUGCAGACGACGGGUGGAGAGUCCAACGGCAAGAAGCACGCUACGGACGUCAAAUGUGGCCCGCUGUCCUCCAUCAUCCUGGAAACACUGAAAGGUGAGAAGGACUUGGUGGUGCUGGGAGACUUUAGUUGUCCCCCUCAAAGUACGGACCUGGACGUCCUGAGGAAGGAGAAGCUGUGUGCUCUGCUCGCAUCCAACCACUUCACCAACAUCAGCACCCGAUCCCCGCAGGGCACCCUCUGCCUGGACAACAUCUGGGUGAGCCGCUCCAUUAAGAAGAUCUACUCAGGACACUGCACAGUCGUUCGGGAGGGCUUGACCAACCCGUGGAUUCCCGAUAAGUGGUCAUGGGGGGGAGUGGUGUCAGAUCACUGCCCCGUGGUGGCUGAUUUCUACGCCGACGUGUUGGGGAAAGAUCUACGUGGGCCUGGAGUGAGCGUGCUGGAGAGGGACGACAAACCCAAACAUGAGCGAUGACAUCGCUUCAACAAUGGCGGAUUGCUGACCUAGCAUAACGUUUGAUCAAUGUGCCAAUUUGACGUCAUGUCUGUAUGUAAACAAUGUGCAAUAAACUAACAUUUGUGUCUUGACUUCUUAUA